AAAGAUGAGAAUCCCUUUUUGUUUCACGGAUUUGUGAAGGCUUUUUUGGUGAAAAAAGAGAAAAUCUAAUAUGCUAAAUGCAGCAAGUCCCUUCAUUACAAACCACUUGGGUUGUUCAGUUCUGAACUUCAUAGUUUGAGUCUGGGUUUUCUUAUUGGUAUUUUCAGAGUUAAAAAAUGUCAGGAAAAUCUUGUUUUGGUUCAGGGGAUUGUGAUUUUAAUAUAAAAGGAGUUCUUAGUCAUGGUGGUCGUUAUGUUCAGUAUAACGUUCAUGGGAACUUAUUUGAAAUCCCAAAUAAGUAUGUUGGUCCUAUCAAACCUGUUGGAAGAGGAGCUUAUGGCAUCGUCUGUUCUGCUGUGAAUUCAGACACACAUGAAGAGGUUGCGAUUAAGAAGAUUGGCAAUGCAUUUGACAACAUGAUAGAUGCCAAAAAGACACUAAGAGAAAUCAAGCUUCUGUGCCACAUGGAUCACGAAAAUGUUGUUGCAAUUAAAGACAUAAUACGGCCUCCUAAGAGGGAGACCUUCAACGACGUGUACGUCGUUUACGAGUUGAUGGAAACUGAUCUUUAUCAUCUGAUACACUCCAAUCAUCCAUUGACCGAUGACCAUUGUCAGUACUUCCUGUAUCAGUUGUUGAGAGGACUGAAAUAUGUACACUCGGCACAUGUUUUGCAUCGUGAUCUUAAACCAAGUAAUUUGCUCCUAAAUGCAAGUUGUGAACUGAAGAUUGGAGACUUUGGACUAGCAAGGACAACAUCUGAAACGGAUAUGAUGACGGAAUAUGUUGUCCCUCGCUGGUACCGUGCACCAGAGUUGCUCCUCAAUUGUUCAGAGUACACUGCAGCAAUUGAUAUUUGGUCAGCAGGUUGCAUACUUGGUGAAAUAAUGACUCGGGAACCCCUCUUCCCGGGUAAAGAUUAUGUUCAUCAGCUGAGACUCAUCACUGAGCUAUUGGGAUCGCCUGAAGUAUCAAGUCUUGGAUUUCUCCGAAGUGAUAACGCUAGAAGAUAUGUUAAGCAAUUCCCACAGUAUCCAAAGCAACAGUUCUCAUCAAGGUUUCCUAACAAGCCAGCAGCCGCUAUUGAUCUGCUUGAAAAGAUGCUUGUCUUUGAUCCAAACAAGCGGAUUACAGCUGAAGAGGCACUGUGCCACCCAUAUUUGGCACCUCUUCACGCGGUCAAUGACGAACCCAUUUGUCCUAGUCCUUUCAGUUUUAAUUUCGAUCAACCAUCGUUGACUGAAGAGAUUAUCAAGGAGCUCAUUUGGAAAGAAUCUGUCAAGUUCAAUCCGGACACUUCCCAUUAGAACUAACAUAAGUUCGAUUAUAUUUGUAUUAUCUUCAGUGUGUUAGAAAGAUAUUCAGUUAUCAGUUCCCAUAACAUCUUGUAUUAUAUAUAUCCUGCAAGAUAUGGAUAUUGGGUGCAAACUCGCUCCGGAUAUUGUUCAACUUUGCUGCAACUUUAUAACUAUGAUCCAGAAAAGAUCAAUAUAGCUACAGCCUUUGAAGUUUUAUAUUAGCUCAGGUUCUUAUUACAUGUUUCCAUUAACCUGCAACCUAAGAGUAGAGGUUACUCUUUGCCUUACCGACUACAUGUUGUCUCGUUAAGCAAUAGAGACUGCAUGAUGAAGUUGUAAGACUCGAAUAAUUUUCUGAAUUGUAUGCAUUUGAAGUAAAAUGAA